GUGUGACACUUCCCGACAUCUGCUUCAGGAAGAACGUGCCUGUCACUCCUGUCUUCGCAGAUUCAUGCCAGCCCAGCACACAGCGUCAGUUGGAACCCCGAUUUCAAGUCCUGAGUGAAGUGCCAUCUGUGGAUGGGACCCACUGUGCUCACACACUCAGAAGGAGCUGUCCAAGGAAUGCCCUAAAGAAACAGAAGUGCACUUCGCCCACCAGCCAAGAUGAACAUGGUGAAGAGGAUCAUGGGGCGGCCUCGGCAGGAGGAGUGCAGCCCUCAGGACAACGCCCUGGGCCUGAUGCACCUCCGACGGCUCUUCACCGAGCUGUGCCACCCUCCGAGGCACAUGACCCAGAAGGAGCAGGAGGAGAAGCUGUACAUGAUGCUGCCAGUGUUCAACAGGGUUUUUGGAAAUGCCCCGCCAAGUACAAUGACAGAAAAGUUUUCUGACCUUCUGCAGUUCACCACGCAAGUCUCCCGACUAAUGGUGACGGAGAUUCGGAGGAGAGCGUCAAACAAAUCCACAGAGGCUGCAAGCCGGGCCAUAGUCCAGUUCCUGGAGAUCAAUCAGAGCGAAGAAGCCAGUAGAGGCUGGAUGCUCCUAACAACAAUUAACCUGCUGGCAUCCUCUGGUCAGAAAGCCGUGGACUGCAUGACAACGAUGUCAGUGCCAUCCACCCUGGUUAAGUGUCUGUAUCUGUUCUUUGACCUUCCCCAUGUGCCUGAGGCAGGUGGGGGCGCCCAGAGCGAGCUACCUCUAGCAGAGCGCCGCGGACUGCUCCAGAAAGCCUUUGUGCAGAUCUUAGUAAAACUCUGCAGUUUCGUUUCUCCGGCGGAGGAGCUGGCCCAGAAGGACGACCUGCAGCUUUUAUUCAGUGCAAUAACCUCUUGGUGCCCCCCCUAUAACCUGCCGUGGAGGAAGAGCGCGGGGGAGGUCCUCAUGACCAUCUCGCGCCAUGGGCUGAGCGUGAACGUGGUAAAGUACAUACAUGAAAAAGAGUGUUUGUCUACGUGUGUUCAGAAUAUGCAGCAAUCAGACGACCUGUCUCCCCUCGAAAUUGUUGAAAUGUUUGCGGGACUCUCUUGUUUCCUCAAAGACUCCAGUGAUGUUUCCCAGACACUUCUGGAUGAUUUUCGGAUAUGGCAAGGAUAUAAUUUUCUUUGUGACCUCUUGCUCAGACUGGAACAAGCGAAAGAGGCAGAGUGCAGAGAUGCCUUGAAGGAUCUGGUGAGCCUGGUGACCUCUCUGACCACCUAUGGGGUCAGUGAGCUGAAGCCAGCUGGUGUCACCACAGGGGCCCCCUUCCUGUUGCCUGGAUUUUCAGUACCUCAGCCAGCGGGCAAAGGUCACAGUGUGAGAAACAUCCAGGCCUUCGCCGUUCUUCAGAACGCAUUUUUAAAAGCAAAAACCAACUUCCUUGCCCAGAUCAUCCUGGACGCCAUCACGGACAUCUACAUGGCGGACAGUGCUAACUACUUCAUCCUAGAGUCCCAGCACACCCUGUCGCAGUUUGCAGAGAAGAUCUCUAAACUCCCGGAAGUGCAAAGCAAGUACUUCGAGAUGCUGGAGUUUGUCGUCUUCAGCCUGAACUACAUCCCCUGUAAAGAGCUCAUCAGCGUCAGCAUCCUGCUCAAGUCCAGCUCUUCGCACCACUGCAGCAUCGUGGCGAUGAAGACCCUCCUGAAGUUCACAAGGCACGACUACAUAUUCAAAGACGUCUUCAGGGAGGUGGGCCUGCUGGAGGUCAUGGUAAACCUUCUGCAUAAGUACGCGGCCCUCCUGAAGGAUCCAGCUCAGGCGCUCGGUGAGCAGGGGGACUCAAGAAACAAUAGUUCAGUUGAAGACCAAAAGCACUUGGCUCUGUUGGUGAUGGAGGCCUUGACUGUGCUGCUUCAAGGGUCCAACACAAACGCAGGAAUAUUCCGCGAGUUUGGCGGUGCAAGGUGCGCUCACAACAUUGUGAAAUACCCGCAGUGCCGACAGCACGCCCUGAUGACCAUCCAGCAACUGGUGCUCUCUCCCAAUGGGGAGGAUGACAUGGGCACUCUCCUGGGGCUCAUGCACUCAGCCCCACCCACGGAGCUGCAGCUGAAGACCGACAUCUUAAGGGCCCUGCUGUCCGUCCUUCGAGAAAGCCACCGUUCGAGAACCGUCUUCAGGAAAGUUGGCGGGUUUGUGUACAUCACAUCCUUGCUCGUUGCUAUGGAGAGAUCUCUGAGCUCUCCUCCCAAGAAUGGCUGGGAGAAAGUGAACCAGAACCAAGUGUUUGAGCUCCUGCACACUGUGUUCUGCACGCUGACUGCCGCUCUGCGCUACGAGCCAGCCAACUCUCACUUCUUCAAGACCGAGAUCCAGUACGAAAAGCUGGCGGAUGCCGUCCGGUUUCUCGGAUGCUUCUCAGACCUCAGGAAAAUAAGUGCCGUGAACGUCUUCCCCUCAAAUACUUCGCCUUUCCAGAGACUGCUGGAGGAAGGGGCGGUGCCCAUGGACUCCGUGUCACCUACCCUGCGGCACUGCAGUAAACUCUUCAUCUAUCUCUACAAAGUGGCCACCGAUUCUUUCGACAGUCGCACAGAGCAGAUCCCUCCUUGCCUGACAAGCGAGUCUUCUCUCCCCUCUCCUUGGGGGACACCAGCUUUGUCCAGGAAAAGGCAUGCAUUUCACUGCGUUUCAACUCCACCUGUGUACCCUGCGAAAAGCGUCACCGACCUAAAACUUCAGGUGACAAGCUCACCCCUGCCGAGCUCCGAGGCCGUCAUCAUCCACCCCGGGGCCAUGUUAGCCAUGCUCGACUUGCUGGCCUCUGUGGGCUCAGUGACACAGCCAGAACAUGCUUUGGACCUUCAACUUGCCGUGGCCAAUAUUUUACAAUCCCUGGUGCACACGGAGCGGAACCAACAGGUCAUGUGUGAAGCCGGUCUUCACGCACGGUUGCUGCAGAGGUGCGGCGCUGCACUAGCCGACGAGGACCACUCGCUGCACCCUCCCCUGCAGCGCAUGUUUGAACGCUUGGCCUCCCAGGCCUUGGAACCCAUGGUGCUGAGGGAGUUUUUGCGUUUGGCAAGCCCUCUGAACUGUGGUGCGUGGGACAAAAAGCUGCUGAAACAGUACAGGGUUCACAAACCAAGUUCGCUGAGCUUCGAGCCGGACAUGAGAAGUAGCGUGGUCACCUCUCUGGAAGGUCUGGGCUCCGACAGCGUUUUCAGCUCACAUGAAGAUAACCAUUACCGGAUAAGCAAAAGUCUGGUGAAGUCUGCAGAAGGAAGCACUGUGCCCUUGACCAGGGUGAAGUGUCUCGUCUCCAUGACAACCCCUCAUGACAUCAGACUUCAUGGUUCAUCUGUUACUCCAGCUUUCGUUGAAUUUGACACAUCCCUUGAAGGCUUUGGCUGCCUGUUUCUACCCAGCCUGGCUCCCCACAACGCCCCUACCAACAAUGCCGUCACGACAGGUCUUACCGAUGGGGCCGUGGUCAGCGGUAUUGGCUCUGGCGAGAGGUUCUUCCCCCCGCCUUCUGGCCUAAGCUAUUCCUGCUGGUUCUGCAUCGAACACUUCAGCUCCCCUCCAAAUAACCACCCGGUCAGACUCCUCACUGUUGUGCGGCGAGCGAAUUCAUCCGAGCAGCAUUAUGUGUGCCUUGCCAUCGUUCUGUCUGCGAAAGACCGGUCCUUAAUCGUCUCCACGAAGGAGGAGCUGCUCCAAAAUUACGUUGACGAUUUCAGUGAAGAGUCCUCUUUCUAUGAGAUCCUCCCGUGCUGCGCCCGCUUUCGGUGUGGAGAGCUGGUGGUGGAGGGACAGUGGCAUCACCUGGCUCUGCUGAUGAGCAGAGGCAUGCUCAAGAACAGCACGGCGGCCCUCUACAUCGACGGCCAGCUGGUCAGCACCGUCAAGCUGCAUUAUGUCCACAGCACGCCUGGGGGCUCGGGCUCUGCAAACCCCCCAGUGCUGAGCACAGUCUACGCUUACAUCGGCACUCCACCUGCACAGCGGCAGAUGGCCUCACUGGUCUGGCGCCUGGGGCCCACUCAUUUUCUGGAAGAAGUUUUACCUCCCUCCAGCGUGACCGCUAUUUAUGAACUGGGACCAGACUAUGUGGGAAGCUUUCAGGCUGUCCUCGUGCCAUGUAAAGACUCGAAAUCGGAAGGUAUCAUCCCAUCGCCGGUGUCUCUGGUCGCAGAGGAAAAGGUGUCAUUUGGACUUUACGCCCUGUCCGUGUCCUCACUCACAGUGGCAAGAAUCAGGAAAGUCUACAACAAGUUGGACAGCAAAGCCAUUGCAAAGCAGUUAGGCAUUUCCUCCCAUGAGAACGCCACACCCGUGAAGCUGGUUCACAAUGCAGCCGGCCAUCUCAAUGGGCCAGCUCGCACCAUCGGGGCUGCUCUCAUUGGAUACUUGGGGGUAAGGACGUUUGUCCCGAAGCCGGUCGCCACCACCCUGCAGUACAUCGGAGGAGCUGCAGCCAUCCUCGGUCUGGUGGCCAUGGCCUCUGAUGUGGAAGGCUUGUAUGCAGCCGUCAAGGCGCUGGUCUGUGUGGUCAAGAGCAACCCGCUAGCCAGCAAGGAGAUGGAAAGAAUCAAAGGGUACCAGCUGCUGGCCAUGCUGCUUAAAAAGCGACGCUCCCUUCUCAACAGCCACAUCCUCCACCUGACCUUCUCCCUGGUGGGGACGGUUGACAGUGGCCACGAGACUUCCAUUAUUCCCAACUCCACUGCCUUCCAGGACCUGCUCUGUGACUUCGAGGUCUGGCUUCAUGCUCCGUACGAGCUCCAUCUUUCUUUAUUUGAACACUUCAUAGAGCUGCUCACAGAGUCCAGUGAGGCUUCCAAGAAUGCCAAGUUAAUGAGGGAAUUUCAGCUGAUCCCCAAGCUGCUCCUGACGCUCCGAGACAUGUCCUUGUCCCAGCCGACCAUUGCUGCCAUGAGUAACGUGCUGAGCCACCUGCUGCAGGGCUUCCCUAACAGCAACGAUCUGCUCAGGUUUGGCCAGUUCAUUUCUUCUACUUUGCCCACCUUUGCCGUCUGUGAGAAAUUCGUGGUUAUGGAAAUCAUUAAUGAAGGGAAACCUGACUCUGGAGCAGAAGAGGAGUUUGGAGGUCUUGUGUCUGCUAACCUUAUACUUCUGAGGAACAGACUUCUAGACAUCUUGCUAAAGCUAGUUUAUACGUCCAAAGAAAAGACAAACAUAAACUUACAGGCUUGUGAAGAGCUGGUCAGGACGCUGGGUUUCGACUGGAUCAUGAUGUUCAUGGAAGAACACUUGCAUCCCACCACAGUCACGGCCGCCAUGAGGAUUCUCGUUGUCCUGCUGAGUAACCAGUCCAUUCUCAUCAAAUUUAAAGAGGGACUCAGUGGCGGGGGCUGGCUGGAGCAGACAGACUCCGUCCUGACAAACAAGAUCGGAACUGUGUUAGGAUUCAAUGUGGGCAGGAGUGCCGGAGGGAGAUCCACGGUCAGGGAGAUUAACCGGGAUGCCUGCCAUUUUCCCGGGUUCCUGGUUCUUCAGUCUUUCCUCCCUAAGCACACAAAUGUCCCUGCCCUCUAUUUUCUCCUUAUGGCCUUGUUUCUGCAACAGCCAGUGAGUGAGCUGCCCGAGAACCUGCAGGUCAGUGUGCCUGUCACCAACAGCCGAUGUAAGCAGGGCUGCCAGUUUGACCUGGACUCUAUCUGGACGUUUAUCUUCGGCGUCCCGGCCUCCAGCGGGACGGUGGUGUCCUCCAUCCACAACGUGUGCACCGAGUCUGCUUUCCUGCUGCUCGGGAUGCUACGAAGUAUGCUGAACUCGCCCUGGCAGUCAGAAGAGGAGGGUUCGUGGCUGCGAGAGUACCCGGUGACCCUGAUGCAGUUUUUUCGGUACCUGUACCACAACGUCCCAGACCUCGCCUCCAUGUGGCUGAGCCCCGACUUCCUGUGUGCCUUAGCAGCCACCGUCUUCCCCUUCAACAUCCGCCCGUACUCAGAGAUGGUGACAGAUCUGGAUGAUGAGGUUGGGUCUCCAGCAGAAGAGUUUAAAGCGUUCGCGGCAGACACGGGGAUGAACAGGAGCCAGUCAGAGUACUGCAAUGUGGGCACCAAGACCUAUCUGACCAAUCACCCAGCCAAGAAGUUCGUCUUCGACUUCAUGCGAGUCUUGAUCAUUGACAACCUCUGCCUUACCCCGGCCAGCAAGCAGACGCCGCUGAUUGACCUGUUGUUGGAGGCGUCCCCUGAGAGAUCCACAAGAACGCAGCAGAAGGAGUUCCAGACGCACAUCUUGGACAGUGUGAUGGACCAUUUGCUCGCGGCUGAUGUGUUGUUGGGGGAAGACGCAUCUCUGCCUAUUACCAGUGGAGGAAGCUACCAGGUAUUGGUGAACAACGUGUUUUAUUUCACGCAGCGCGUGGUGGACAAGCUUUGGCAAGGCAUGUUCAACAAAGAAUCUAAGCUCCUUAUAGAUUUUAUAAUUCAGCUCAUUGCCCAGUCCAAGAGGCGAUCGCAGGGCUUGUCGCUGGAUGCAGUGUAUCACUGCCUCAAUCGGACCAUCCUGUACCAGUUCUCCCGUGCGCACAAAACCGUCCCACAGCAAGUAGCGCUCCUGGAUUCACUCCGGGUCCUUACUGUGAACCGGAACUUAAUCCUGGGACCCGGAAACCACGACCAAGAAUUCAUUAGCUGUCUUGCUCACUGCCUGAUUAAUCUACAUGCUGGAAGCAGUGUGGAAGGCUUUGGGCUGGAAGCCGAGGCACGCAUGACCACGUGGCACAUCAUGAUUCCCUCGGACAUCGAGCCAGACGGUGGCUACAGCCAAGACAUCAGUGAAGGGCGGCAGCUUCUCAUUAAAGCUGUCAACAGGGUUUGGACUGAGCUGAUCCACAGUAAGAAACAAGUCCUGGAGGAAGUCUUCAAGGUCAGCCUGCCCGUGAACGACAGGGGCCACGUGGACAUAGCCGUGGCACGGCCACUCAUCGAGGAGGCUGGUCUCAAGGGCUGGCAGAAUCAUCUGGCCCACGAAAAGAAGUGCAUAAGUCGAGGAGAAGCCUUGGUGCCUACCACGCAGUCCAAACUGUCCCGGGUGAGCAGCGGCUUUGGCCUGUCCAAGCUAACGGGAUCAAGAAGGAACCGAAAGGAAAGCGGCCUCCACAAACACAGCCCUUCUCCCCAGGAGAUUUCCCAGUGGAUGUUCACACACAUCGCUGUCGUGCGGGACCUGGUGGACACGCAGUACAAGGAGUAUCAGGAGCGCCAGCAGAAUGCUCUGAAGUAUGUGACUGAGGAGUGGUGUCAGAUCGAGUGUGAGCUGUUGCGGGAGCGAGGGUUGUGGGGCCCCCCCAUCGGCUCCCACCUAGACAAAUGGAUGUUAGAGAUGACGGAGGGGCCCUGCAGAAUGAGGAAGAAAAUGGUGCGCAAUGACAUGUUCUACAACCACUAUCCUUACGUGCCGGAAACGGAGCAGGAAGCCAGCGUGGGGAAACCUGCUCGGUACCGAAGGGCCAUAAGCUAUGACAGUAAAGAGUACUACCUCCGCCUGGCCUCUGGUAACCCCACCAUUGUGCAGGAUGCUAUUGUAGAGAGUUCUGAAGGAGAAGCCACCCAGCAAGAACCAGAGCACGGGGAAGACACCAUUGCCAAGGUCAAAGGCCUGGUGAAGCCACCCCUGAAGCGCUCUCGGUCUGCGCCUGAUGGAGGAGACGAGGAGACCCAGGAGCAGCUCCAAGACCAGAUCGCCGAGAGUGGCUCCAUAGAGGAGGAGGAGAAAACAGACAAUGCCACCUUGCUGCGCCUGCUGGAGGAGGGAGAGAAGAUUCAGCACAUGUACCGCUGUGCUCGAGUCCAGGGCCUGGACACCAGUGAGGGGCUGCUUCUCUUUGGUAAAGAGCAUUUCUAUGUGAUCGAUGGCUUUACCAUGACUGCCACCAGGGAAAUAAGAGACAUCGAAACCUUACCUCCAAACAUGCAUGAACCGAUUAUCCCCCGAGGCGCCAGGCAAGGCCCCAGCCAACUCAAGAGAACGUGCAGUAUCUUCGCGUACGAAGACAUCAAGGAGGUUCAUAAGAGGAGGUAUCUGCUGCAGCCUAUUGCUGUUGAAGUUUUCUCUGGAGAUGGACGGAAUUACCUCCUGGCUUUUCAAAAGGGAAUUCGGAAUAAAGUCUACCAAAGGUUCCUGGCAGUUGUGCCCUCCCUCACCGACAGCUCAGAGUCUGUGUCUGGGCAGAGACCGAACACCAGUGUGGAACAAGGGUCUGGCUUACUCAGCACCCUGGUUGGAGAGAAGUCUGUGACUCAGAGGUGGGAGAGAGGUGAAAUCAGCAACUUCCAGUAUCUGAUGCACUUGAACACCCUGGCCGGCAGGUCCUACAACGACCUUAUGCAGUACCCUGUCUUCCCCUGGAUCCUCGCAGAUUACGACUCCGAGGAAGUUGACCUCACUAACCCUAAGACAUUCAGAAACCUGGCUAAGCCAAUGGGCGCGCAGACGGAUGAGCGACUGGCCCAGUACAAGAAGCGCUACAAGGACUGGGAGGAUCCCAAUGGGGAGACCCCAGCCUACCACUACGGCACCCACUACUCCUCCGCCAUGAUUGUGGCCUCGUACCUCGUGAGGAUGGAGCCCUUCACACAGAUAUUCCUACGGCUUCAGGGUGGUCACUUUGACCUGGCAGACCGGAUGUUCCACAGUGUCCGUGAGGCCUGGUACUCAGCAUCAAAGCACAACAUGGCGGAUGUGAAAGAACUCAUCCCAGAAUUUUUCUACCUGCCGGAAUUCCUGUUCAAUUCUAACAACUUUGACCUAGGCUGCAAACAGAAUGGCACCAAGCUUGGAGAUGUUAUCCUUCCACCCUGGGCAAAGGGGGACCCGAGAGAGUUCAUCCGCGUCCACCGUGAGGCUCUGGAGUGCGACUACGUGAGUGCCCACCUGCACGAGUGGAUCGACCUCAUCUUCGGCUAUAAGCAGCAGGGCCCCGCGGCAGUGGAGGCUGUGAACGUCUUCCAUCACCUUUUCUACGAGGGCCAAGUGGAUAUCUACAACAUAAACGACCCGCUAAAGGAGACGGCCACCAUCGGCUUCAUUAACAACUUCGGUCAGAUCCCUAAGCAGUUGUUUAAAAAGCCUCAUCCACCAAAGCGAGUACGGAGUCGGCUGAACGGAGAGAAUGCAGGCCUCUCUGUCCCACCAGGAGCCACCAGCGACAAGAUCUUUUUCCAUCACCUAGACAACCUGAGGCCUUCCCUAACACCCGUGAAAGAACUCAAAGAGCCCGUGGGGCAGAUCGUGUGCACAGAUAAAGGCAUUCUCGCCGUAGAGCAGAACAAGGUGCUCAUCCCCCCUGCUUGGAACAAGACCUUCGCCUGGGGCUAUGCAGACCUCAGCUGCCGCCUGGGGACCUACGAGUCAGACAAGGCAGUGGCUGUGUAUGAAUGUCUGUCCGAAUGGGGCCAGAUUCUCUGUGCAGUUUGCCCCAGCCCCAAGCUCGUCAUCACGGGUGGAACAAGUACAGUGGUGUGCGUCUGGGAGAUGGGCACCUCCAAAGAAAAGGCCAAGCCCCUGACGCUCAAGCAGGCUCUACUUGGCCACACUGAUACUGUCACCUGUGCCACAGCCUCCAUAGCCUACCACAUCAUUGUCAGCGGGUCCCGAGACCGAACCUGCAUCAUCUGGGACCUGAACAAACUGUCGUUUCUCACCCAGCUCCGUGGCCACCGAGCGCCCGUCUCCGCCCUUUGCAUUAAUGAGUUAACAGGGGACAUCGUGUCCUGUGCUGGCACAUACGUCCACGUGUGGAGCAUCAACGGGAACCCCAUUGUGAGCGUCAACACCUUCACAGGCCGGAGCCAGCAGAUCGUCUGCUGCUGCAUGUCCGAGAUGAAUGAAUGGGACACGCAGAAUGUCAUCGUGACAGGGCACUCAGAUGGAGUGGUCCGGUUCUGGAGAAUGGAAUUCCUGCAGGUUCCGGAAACACCAGCUCCUGAGCCUGUCGAAGACCUGGAGAUGCAGGAAGGCUGCCCGGAAGCACAGAUAGGGCAGCAAGCCCAAGAUGAAGACAGCAGUGAUUCUGAGGCAGAAGAGCCCAGUGUCAGCCAGGAUCCUAAGGACACGCCCAGCCAGCCCAGCAGCACCAGCCACAGGCCUCGGGCAGCCUCCUGCAGAGCCACCGCCACAUGGUGCACUGACAGCGGCUCUGAUGACUCCCGGCGCUGGUCCGACCAGCUCAGUCUUGAUGAGAAAGAUGGCUUCAUAUUUGUGAACUAUUCAGAGGGCCAGGCCAGAGCACAUCCUCAGGGCUCCCACUCCCACCCCAACCCCACUGAAGCACGAAGUUACAGCAGAUUGAAACCUGGGUACCGGUGGGAGCGGCAGCUGGUGUUCAGAAGCAAACUGACUAUGCACACGGCCUUUGAUCGGAAGGACAACACUCAUCCAGCUGAGGUCACCGCACUGGGUGUCUCCAAGGAUCACAGCAGGAUCCUCGUGGGUGACAGCCGAGGCCGAGUGUUCAGCUGGUCUGUGAGUGACCAGCCUGGCCGUUCUGCGGCCGACCACUGGGUGAAGGACGAAGGUGGUGACAGCUGUUCAGGAUGCUCUGUACGCUUCUCCCUCACAGAGAGAAGGCACCAUUGCAGGAACUGCGGGCAGCUCUUCUGUCAGAAGUGCAGUCGAUUUCAGUCAGAAAUAAAGCGACUGAAAAUCUCGUCCCCAGUGCGUGUCUGCCAGAACUGCUACUAUAGCUUACAGCACGAGAGGGGGGCAGACGAUGGGCCUCGGAACUGCUGAGACAGACGGCGGGACUGACGAGAGGCCACAGCCUGAAGGAGCUCUUCCUGCCCCGUCAUGGCUCCAAAGGCACUGAAGCAGACUCCGUUUACACAGAUCUGCACACUGAGUGUCUGAAGUGUUGAGUUCAAAGGGAUCAUUGGAUCGGGUUCCGAGGCCAGUGACCGGCACGGGCACUAAACCGUUAGCAGCACAAGAACGCAAGGUGGUCCCGGAGCAUCUCAGAACCCGAGUCUCCCAUAGCGUAGCUGUCUCCGAGAGCAAACUCCUGCUCCCCAACUGUCUUUCUUGUAUCUCAUUUUUAUAGAGCUAUUCAUCCUUAUUUGGAAAAAUCAACAAAAACUUUAAAAAAAAAGGCUUCUAGAAAAUGGUUGUAAAUCUGACUUCUUUGCAAGCAGCUGUGUAUAUUGUAAAUAGGUAUAAAGGCCUUUUUUUUUUUCUAAAUAAGGACCUAAUUGCCUGUAACAUGAGACUUCAAACUAAGCCACUAACUCAAUGAACCAUUUAAGGUCUGUCUAACGUCUCUCAAUUAUAAAUAUGGGGUUUUUCUAAUCCUCAGAGACAUUGUCUUUUUUUUUUUUUUUUUUUUUUUUUUUCCUGUUCAGACCAAGCCUGUGUGCCUGAUGUCACUUCUUUCAAGUUGCCCACAGCGUCUCCACUUAAGAUAGGCUAGUCACCAAAAUCCUGUAGCCCUGCUUUAGGAGCUGGUGUGGGAGGAGAGAGGUCUGGUCAUAAGGUAGCCGCAGAUAGCCAGCACCGGUCUGAGGCUGCUUACUGCUCCAGUGUAGUAGUUGUGUGCCCGACCCCUGAAACUGACCCUCGGGCUGUGUGGUCCCAGCCCGGCCCGGCAUCACGGAAAGGGGAUCACACAAUGGAUGUCCGGCAGGAUGCAGCCCUGCCUCAGUUAACGGAAAUAUAUUUGCAUGUCACCCCAAAUUAGCUUCUCUGCAUAGAACAUAACAAGUGUGUGUAUUUGGGGACACGUGUGUUCUACUACAGCUUAUUUUCGGAAGAAAAAAAGGUGUACAGAAUUAACAUUCAAACCUUGUAAAACUGGAUCAUGUCAGAAGUGCUUCAAAUGAACCUUUACCGUUUCAUGCCAUCUACCUGAAAACAGUGAGAUUUAUACUGUACCAAUGUCUAUUUUUUUGGUUUUGCUAUGAAUAUAAUUACAGUAUUUUAAUAUUUAGUUAUUUAAUUUGUUGUACUAGUUGGAUACCGAAGGCACACAUUCAGGAGGAUGAAAGCUGGUCGGGGCUAAGAGACGUUUAUAGGAAAAUGGCUUUGGUGGUGGGAUUUUUUUAAAUGUGUGUUAUGUACAUAAAUAUAAAUAUAUAUAUAUAUAUGAAAUCGAAACAAUUAAUCUAGAUUUUAACAUUUUCAGAUACUUAGCACUAAUACUAUGAACAAUUCUAAAAGCCCUGUGAUUUGAACAACAUGGGUUCACUAAUGGCCCAAGAAAGAAAGGACAGGCCUUGACACCCUCACAGAGGGAGGUUUCUAGCAAAGGACAGUGGCUUUGGCUUCCCUCACUCUCCAUCUUUAGCCCUGGUGACAGGCACACUUAUGCACUAAAUGCACAUAUAUGCACAUGUGUCCAGAAACAGGCAUGUGGUACAACGGUGACCUUGUACCCUAUGGGCUGAAAGCAGCUGCAGAACAAACUUGUUCUUCCUGACAAGCAGGUCUCCAGGAGAAACGGUGAAGGCUGCUUUAGUGCCUUAUGCUUCCUAAAUUUAAACCUUCCUUUAUAGGUUUCAGCCUCCAGUCUGUGAUACAUAUCAGAAUUGACUCAAACACUUCCAUUUCUAAACGCUCAAAUACACACGUGAACAAAAGGAUUGUCGGCAUUAACGCUUUCCACUUGAAAACUUGCUUUGCUUUCUCCUCCUCUUCGGUGUCUCACACCCCGCCCCCCGCCUCCCCUACCUCUCCCUUCCCCCUCCCCCCACGACCCCCCCCCCUCCCGCUCCCCCAGCCCGUCCCUGUCUUCAGAAGGACUCUGGUGUUCCUCCACUGCAGAAACUGCUUUUGCAUGGUGGUGGGCUGGCCCUGGCUGCCUCUGGAUGCUUUGCAACAGUGUUACUUUACACUUUUGAAAAGCAGCGCCCUCCUGUGGCAGAGGUGUUUUCAAGACUUGAACUUAGGAGUGUGUGUGUAGCCACUUGAAGCUUGUUCCGCUGUCUAACCUGACUGACGUGCUGUGGGACAAAGGCUCUUCAACUUUCCAGCCCAACUCCCAUAACUAGUAGGUGGAAACCAAACCCCUCCUUCCCUCUGGCAGCUGGUGCUGUGGGCAACUGUCUUGUUUCCACCAGCUUUUGGUUUUUGUUUUCUUUUCACUUCUGCAGAAAUCACAGAGCCACUCCUCCCUCCCCCCGGGCACUGGGCUCCAUUGCUCGUCUGGCUAUGUAUCCCCCGUGUUCUGUGCCAAUCUGCUUACCAAUAUACACGAUGUGUGUCCACCUUCCCGUGGUCUGCAUUCUUUUUCUAAGUACCUCACAGGGCUCCAGCCUGACCUCUGUUCACCCUUCACCCAUCCACCCACUGCUCAUCCAUGCACUCAACACACACCCGAGUGUAGUGUGCAAGUGUGACGUCAUGCUUUUGAAGACGAGAAGUAGCUGCCCGUAGCAGCCAGCCCUCUGGAGAAUAGCAAAACACUCUAGAUAAGUUAUUUUGCACUUUCUUAUGUAUAAAGGUGGUAGAAACUUAUUUUUGCUUUGUAUCAUUUAAAUACAUUUUGUUUUUGGUAAACAACUGUGUAUAAAAUAUUUACGCUGUUAAAGCUGUUUUUAGAAAGUAUUUUUAAUUUCAGCAAGUUUGCUUACUUGUUGCAUGACCAUUAACACAACUGACUUUUUGUGUCAGUGCCAUGUAUAUUUCUGUCCUGUCAUUAACUUGUAAGCCCUAGUAACGGCUAAUCGUUUGUACAGCAACAGAAGUAAACCGAAGAUACUGGCUAAGACUGGAUUGAUUGUGGACUUUUGUACUGUAUUGCAAAAUCCGAUCUCUGUUUCUCUGGUGGUUGUGUAAAGGCUGAGGAAUUCCUACCAUGUGCAGUCUGUGGUCUGGGUGUUCACUGUAUCUCUGUCUGAUGCAUAAAGGUAGGCAGUCGCAGCCCGUGCUAAAUGCAAUAGUCCAGGUACUUAAGUAUUUUUUUCAUUUCAAAUAAAUACCUACUAUUUACCACAAAAAAA